AUGGGUGCCUCGUCAUACUUGGCACUCCCGCCGAGCAUCGCAAAUCGAAAGGCCGUAAUAAAUCCUAAAAACAUAGAUCUACAAUGCUUUAAGUGGGCGAUUUUGGCAAAGCAUGUGCCCCAUGAAAACCGUACCAGAGUAGGCGCGAAUUAUUUAUGCGAAGAGCACCGUUACGACUUUUCCACGUUAUCCGUCCCCACGCCCGUAUCGGAGAUACCAUUAUUCGAGCGAGUGAAUCCCGGUACAUCGAUCAACGUUUAUGGCAUGAAAAAAUGCAAAAAUAAUAAAAAUAAAAAAUCUACGACGGAAUCGGCGGCGUACCCCCUGCGGGUGGUCGAUGACGAACUGCCGGAUCAUUUUGGCUUAUUAUUGAUCACCGGUUCGCGUAUUAACAAAGGCUCUAUAGCCCCAGCUCCGUAUAUUAUUAUUAAUACGCGCAUUUCAUUGGCCCAUUUGAAUUUCGCGCCAACAUAUUAUCAAUCAUCGUUUUUCAUUUAA